UGCACCGCGCGCACACACACGAUUAUAUAUCCGCUUUUUUUACUCAUUAAAAAAAGUUAAUUUUACUCAUUACACACACACACACAAGUGGACAUGGCGGAAGAUCAGAGUGUUGACUUUCUUCUUCUUUGUCUAAAGGAAUUGACAGCCGUCCAAGAGCACGUGACCGCAAACUUCCUGUUUUUAAACAUAAAGCAACAGAUCCUGAGAACUCAUCAGAGAGAUGGGACUGCAUGCAAAAGUUCUGCCAGCAUGUUAACACACACACCAAUGGGCCCCAGAUUGCGAUGCGACUCUUGGCUCAUAAGAUCCAGUCUCCUCAGGAGAAGGAAGCUCUUCAGGCUCUUACUUUGUUGGAGGUGUGCAUGAAUAAUUGUGGGAAACGUUUCCAAAGUGAAGCUGCGAAGUUCAGAUUCCUGAAUGAACUCAUUAAAGUUCUGUCUCCAAAGUAUUUGGGUGUGUGUAGCACAGAACAGGUGAAACAGAGAGUGACGGAGGUUUUGUACAGCUGGACUCAGUGGUUGAAGGACGAGCCGAAGGUUCAGGAAGCUUACAGCAUGCUGAAGAAACAAGGAAUAGUGAAAAAAGACCCGAGACUUCCUACCACUGUGACGAUGCCUCCACCUUCUCCACGGCAGGAAGUGUCUGUAUUUGAUAAUGAAGACACAUCAAAGCUGCUGUCACAGUUACUAAAGAGCGGCCGUCCAGAAGACUUGGAGAUGGCUAACACGCUGAUAAAGAGCACACUGCAAGAGGAGCAGGAGAAGAUGGAUAAGGAGAGCAGACGUGUUAGUACAAUUCAGGAAGUGAAGAACUGCACAUUGCAACUUGGACUACUCCUGAACCAACAACAUACACAACACACUCCAGAGAUGCAGGAGCUGUAUGAGCGCUGUGAUAGGCUGAGAUCAAACCUUUUUCGACUGGCCAGUGACACUGUGAACAACGAUGAAGCUUUAGCUGAGAUUCUGCACAGAAAUGAUGAACUUACACAUGUGAUGACUCUGUACAGAGAGAAAACACCGAAACCACAAACUGAGACAGAGACGGUGCUCGUGAGUCCAGUGAAGUCGUACCACCUGAUUGAUUUCUCAGUGCUGGGAGACGACGCCCCCUGUGGCCAAGUUGAGCAGAACACAACUCUACUGCAGGAGGAAGAACAGCAGAAAAUACAUGGGGCAGACUCAAGCAGAACUCCACUCAGUGUGAAAUCCUACCUGGACGACCUGCUACAGCUGGAGGACACAGAGAACAUUAUGAGUGAGAUGGGACAAUCAGACAUUACCCACAAUGCCUCAGUGUUCACAAUGACGGAUUCAGAGCUGCGUUCCAGAUCGACGGCUAACGAAAAUCAGCCAAUCACAUCCAGCGGCGUUCAUAAUCCCCGCCCCCUUUCAUCCCUCGCUGACAUCAAUGUCUCUCUGGACUCCAUCAAACCCAGCCACAUUAAGCCUUUGACAGUGUAUAAUCAUCGCGGUGUCCAUGUCUCUCUGCACUUCACUAAAGAAUCUCCUCCGUCUCACCCCGAUGUUGCCGUCAUCAUCAUCUCGGCGGUUAACACCUCGCCACUUCCUGUUUCUGACUUCCUCUUCCUGGCUGCCGUUCCCAAAAAUAUGUGUGUGAGGCUGCAGGCAGCUACAGGAAACUCAUUGCCUUCAUUCAGCCCUCUGCUGCCCCCUGCUGCUCUCUCCCAAAUACUACUGCUCUCCAACCCACUCAGGAAGCCGGUGCGUCUGCGUUUCAGAGUGACUCUGACUCUGGGACAGGAGAGACUGCAGCAGGACGGAGACAUUGAGCAGUUCCCUCAGUGGAACUCCUGGACUCACAUCUGACCCCCAAUUUGUGUGUGUGCGUGCGUGUGUGUAAUAAACAUAUUUAUUAAAUGCG